AUGGAUGCCAGAGUGGCUGGGCUUUCAGCAGGAUGCCACGGCAUGCCACGGAACGCCGCGGGAUGCCACUACACAACCUGCCGUGCCAUGCUGUGCCACGCCGUCAGAGCUUCCCUGGCUUCUGCCCAGAACAGUGACAAUAGGUUUACAAAUCUAGACCUGUUGCGUAUCCUCGCUGAGAAGCCAUGGUUGGGUCAGGGGCCCAAUAAUCGAUGGGAACUGAUCCCUCGUAUCGAGCAAGAUAUUGGGAUGUUCAAGCUGAACCCUGGACCUCCGCAGGGUGGUGACGGACUGAAGACUUAUGAUGACGAUGUUAUAAGAACGGGUUCGAAGCGGUCCGCGGUGGCGUCUGCUCUCCACGCUGGCCGUAGACGACGUCAGCCAGCGCCUGCCCUCGGGGUUCUCAACGACGUGGGCUCGUUUUUCGACUCUCUCCGCGAUAAUUUGGAAACCCUGGCCUCGUUGUCGCCUCAGCAGCGUUCCAGCUUAUUCCAGGAACCGCCAACUGUCGUCCAGGCCAGUUCUUCCGGCGGCGGUGGUGGUGGCAUCCGUAAACUUCACGCUCUUCGUCCUCUAAGACCUUCAGGGAACUUCAGAUCUUACAACCGCAGAUCGGAUUUGGAGGCGGUCAGCUAUCCCGGAGCGAAUCACUACGAUCCCGGGCUCUUGUGGACCGGGCUGGGCCGUCGGUAAACUGUCCCGGGAUCACCGACAAACAACUCAAUAUAAACCAACACACGGAUCAUACCUGGACUACAUACUUAACUGCUCUCAAUGCGAUCCUUUUAAGCACAAUGCUGUGCCAUACAUCUGAGUGUUUGAUGAAAAAUCUUUAAAAAAUAUACAAGAUGUUAUUCUAUAAUUUUUCUUUAAAAGAAUCGCAACAAAAAAAAAAUAUUAAUAAAUUUCCUUUAUAUACAAAUGAAAUUAGCCGUUCGCUUUCACUUUUAUAAACUCGAUCAUAGCCUGUUUGAGACAUUUCCAAUUUACGUUAACAUCAACGACGUCAGCAAAGAGUUGUCAACAAAAACAUACGAAACAAUUAGCACAUUUUGAUCUCAAUUUUCUAGUCAAUUUAUAAUUAGUGUGUACUUUACUAUGUUACUACAUAAGGCUUGCUCGUCACCGCAUGUUCGCUAUGAAAUAUUUAUUAAAACUUAUAUUAAAUAUUCGUAAGUUUCUAGGCUUCGAUUUUUCCGUUGCUGUAAUUCUUAAUACGAAGGCUGAAUGUAUCUCUGUUGUUCAAUCACUUUGUAUAUAAUGUU